ACGACUCUUCGCCAGCGUUGGUCAUCUUCCUCCACCCCAGGCCUCCACUACCCCUCCUCUCCUUUCAUCUCCCCCUCGAGUCCCCUCCUCUCAGGCUCCUGGAAAAGCAGCCGCACUUAGUCAACAAAUGGCACGUGGGAGAAGUUGGGAUCUGAGAAUUGCUCUCACACACCAAACCAGCAGCGUCCGUGGAGAAAACUCUCACCAGCAACUCCUUUAAAACACCGUCAUUGCAAACCAUUGUGGUCUUUAAGCAACAACAGCAGCAAGCAAAACCCAACCAACCAAAACUCUUGACAGGAGCUUUGACGAGAGAGGAUGCCUCAUAAAGGGGGAAGACUUUAACUAGGGGUGCGCAGAUGUGUGAGACCUUUUAUUGUAAGAGCGGACAGACAUCCCAGAUUUCAGAGCCCCAUAUUCGAACCCCGUGGGAUCCCGCGGCCCCCAGCGAGCACCAGCAUGCAGAACAGUCACAGCGGAGUGAAUCAGCUCGGUGGUGUCUUUGUCAACGGGCGGCCACUGCCGGACUCCACCCGGCAGAAGAUCGUAGAGCUAGCUCACAGCGGGGCCCGGCCGUGCGACAUUUCCCGAAUUCUGCAGACCCAUGCAGAUGCAAAAGUCCAAGUGCUGGACAAUCAAAACGUGUCCAACGGAUGUGUGAGUAAAAUUCUGGGCAGGUAUUACGAGACUGGCUCCAUCAGACCCAGGGCAAUCGGUGGUAGUAAACCGAGAGUAGCGACUCCAGAAGUUGUAAGCAAAAUAGCCCAGUAUAAGCGGGAGUGCCCGUCCAUCUUUGCUUGGGAAAUCCGAGACAGAUUACUGUCCGAGGGGGUCUGUACCAACGAUAACAUACCAAGUGUGUCAUCAAUAAACAGAGUUCUUCGCAACCUGGCUAGCGAAAAGCAACAGAUGGGCGCAGACGGCAUGUAUGACAAACUAAGGAUGUUGAACGGGCAGACCGGAAGCUGGGGCACCCGCCCGGGUUGGUAUCCGGGGACUUCGGUGCCAGGGCAACCUACGCAAGAGCGGCCGCUGGGCCGGCGGAGGCCUCCUGAUGCGCUGGGCCGGGGCUCCCCUGGGCGACCCCGCUGGCCAGCUAGUCCGAUCCCGCCCCGACCCCGCGGCCUCCCGGGGUGCGGCGGGCACAACCGAGGAGGCGCCGUCUCAGCUCCGCCGCGGGCCCAGGCCCAGGGCACCUCUGAUGACAGGGAGUGA